GUGUAUACACAAGUAGCAAUACAAACAGGAGAUGCAGCCUUGAUAAGGAAAUUAAGGGAAAGGGUGCAACUCAAAUAAACCAAGAGAGAUGUUCCAGCGGACCAGUGCGCCUCUCUCUCUCUCUCUUCAGCUCUCAAAAACUCUCUUGCUGUGUCUUACACAAACAGAGACGGACAUGAAAGUGAAGGGAUAGCUGCAGAAGCACAUCAUUUUUGAUAUUCUGGAAAAAACGGAAGGGCGUUCCUUGGAUUUUCUCAUCAGAACUGCAUGCAGGACUAAACACAACCCGUCAAAGCUCACAUGAGUUAUUUCUCUUUCUCUGAGGUCACGGUGGACUUUUGGAUCAAAGCAUCAGACUCAGUUCGUCUCUUUUAGAUCUGAAGGACAAACCCUGCACACAAGACAAUUGCAGGGUUACGGUGCAGUGAGAACACCCACAGGUGGUUCGGAGAUUGUGAUUUGGUUGUGCAAGUUAUGCGCUCCUGUGGUCGACAAGUGAGGCCGAGCAUCCAGAGACAUUCAGAAUGCAGAUACACAGGGGUUUGUUGACUGCACAGUGAGACGAAGAGACAAGGACGGGAACGUAAGGACGAAAGCAAAUAAGCACUUAAUCUCAUCGGAUCCUUGUUUUUAUUUAAUAUGAGGAAGGAGCUUUUUUUCUUAAGUACAACACAGAAAUUACAACCUGUUUUGGCGAGGUAAUUCUACUGAAUAUCAGUUUCUUUUAAAUCACGGACACCUCUGAAAGACCAAUGAAGGAGCCGGACCAAACCAAAGAUAACCCCCUGACCUGGGAUUUGGACCAAUCCUGGAGUUCCUUCCUAAAACCUGCUGCACAUCUUUGCCUCAACACCUUGGACUUCUCGGACCUCUGGGAUGAAGAAGACAGUACAGAGGACGAGGGGACCAGUUCAUCCAAUGGAUCAUCAACGUGUCUCCAAGCCCCUCCAGCACCCCCUCCUCUUCCUCCACCUCCUCCAUCUUUGCCCUCGGCCUCCGAUACAGGUGCGGCUAUCAAAUGUCGAACAUUGAAGCUCCACUGGAGGGAACUGCAGAGUUUAGCUCCCCUUCCCAGGAUGACCCGUUUCGGGGCUCAGACUAUUUGGGCCAGACUUGAACCAGUCCAUCUGGAUACAAACCGGCUGGAGUACCUGUUUGAAUCUAAAGGCAGUAGCACCACUUUUAAUGUGGCCUCUGGGAAGCAGAAGCAGCCAUCAGUCUCAGUAUUGGGGAUGAAGCGGAGCAACAUCGUAACCAUCGCUCUUAGCAGCCUGCCCCCUCCCCGCCUCCUCCCCCCUGCUAUCUACAGCAUGGACAGCAGCGUGCUGGACAGAGAGGACGUCCAGCGACUUAAAGCGUUAAUCCCAACAGAGGAGGAACUGUGUCUGAUCAAGGAGGCUAAAGCCCAGAACCCGCACUCCUCUCUGGCCUCAGCAGAGCUCUGCCUGCUCACUUUGGGGGAAAUCCCACAUCUGAACUCCAGGCUUCAGCUGUGGGCCUUCGCUCUGGACUACGACUCCUUAGAGAGGGAAAUUGCCGAGCCUCUCUUCCAUCUGAAGCUGGCCAUGGAGCAACUCGCAGCCAGCCAGACCUUUAGAUGUAUUCUAGCAACUGUGUUAGCCAUCGGCAACUUUCUGAAUGGAUGUAAGGCCCGGGGUUUUGAGCUGAGUUACCUGGGGAAGCUGUCCCAGGUGAGGGAUACACACACUCGCCAGCCCCUGCUGCAUCACGUCUGUGUGCUGCUGCUGCAGCUCUACCCGCAGUCCACUGACCUCUACUCUGACAUCACUGCUGUUACUAAAGCUGGCAAGUUUGACUACUCUUUAGUCCAGUCCAACUUCACCCAGCUGGAGGGCCUGUGCAAAGCAUCAUGGGAGCAGUUAAAGAUUUUGGACAAGGCAGAGGAGAAGAGGAAAGGAGGAAAGGUGGAGAAAAAGAAAGGAGGAGGAAAUGUGGCCCUGGAGGGCCCGCUUCGUCACAGGCUGCCACAGAUUUUGAAAGAGUGCGAGGAGAGGCUGAAGGUGCUGAGAGCCGUCCAUCGGCGGGUUGUCAACAGGUUCCACUCUUUCCUCUUAUUCCUCGGCUACUCCCGCGCUAUGGUGAGGGACACCAAAGCGGAGGACUUCUGUAAAACCAUCAGUAACUUUUCGUUGGAGUAUAGGACGAUGCAGCAGGCCGUCCUGCAGCAGAAAGAGAGGGAACGACAGAGGAGUGGAGCAGAAAGCCCAGGCCCGAACACUCCAGCAGCCCGCAGGAAACGACAGCAAACGUCAACGCAGGAAAAUGAGGAGCAGUGCAGGCUGGAGGAAGUGCUGACAACACCUGAGUCCACCCCGAGACUGGACGUCACGCUGCCUCGCAACCGCAGGAGGAUGGCUGACAUCCAGGGUACUUUAUAUUCUCCAUUUUUCUGUAUUUCUUGAUAAGAUGUGUCACACUGAACCCAUAUUUUUUCACCCCUCAGGUCCAUUCUCACGGAAAAUAAAGUGGUGAACCUGCUGAUAUUCUUUCAAACGCCGUUCAGUCACUGGUGUGUUGGAACAAAAGUGUUUGUGGUUGUUAUUUAUGACAUUUUUGUUAAAGGUAGAGAUGUUCUGAUACCUUUUUUUCCUUCCUGACAGCGAUUCCAAUACUUGAAUUUGCAGCUCAGUUAACUCGGUGUGGAUGUGAAAUGAUUUCUUACGUAGUUGCAUGGCAUGGCUCAAGUUAAACCCAAAACUGGCGGGACUCCAGUGUCAAAUAUUGUCAAAUAUCUGACAUUUUGCCAAUGGCUAAUGCUACGUAUUAUGUCUAUUUAGCCGAAAUCAGUUCUUCUUUGCCACUCUAUAACAACUGCUGUUUUUACUGGGUGUGAAACUACUUUAAAGUUUAUUAAAUAAUUACGCGGUAGCUUUUCUAUCGGUGCACAGACUUGCCAUUAUCCAGUCCAACAUUUUAGACUGUAUUGGCGGCAUUUUCACUACUGGUGUUGGAACAACUCUCGUUAAAGUCACUUUUUUUUUUAGCACAAUGACAUUUAGUAGGAAGAAAAUGGACAGUUGCAUGACAAUUCAC